AUGGGAGCAGCCCCUGAAUCUUAUGGUAGCCUUCUUUCUUCAAUGUUAAUGCCCAAGCUACCACCAAAUCUACAGCUGGUUGUUAGCAGAAUGGUUAAGGAAAACGAAUGGAAUUUGGACAAACUAUUAAAUACCUUGCAGCAAGAGUUAGAAGCCAGGGAGAGAAUUAAGGUACCUGCAACCAACAAGGAUUUUAAGAAAUUUCACGUUCAGCCUCAGCAUUGAUGGCCGGUAAUAUUCCAAGUUGUACUUACUGCAGGGGGUCCCACCCAUCAAAGGACUGUACAACUGUGACUAGUCCUGCUGCUCGUCAAGAUAUUUUACGGAAGACGGGGAGAUGUUUUGUGUGCCUUAAGAAAGGAUCAAAGUCAACAACACGGUGCUACUCGUGUAAGGGGCGACAUUAUGUUAGCAUAUGUAAGGGUAAGAAGCCACCUCCACCAUCUCCUAGGGACCUCCUUGAGGAACAUGGGCAAAGCGGAUCCAACAAGUCAAAGGAAAGUCCUAGUUUGGGGACCCAUCCUGACGCAACUGUCUGUCACACAACCUCAUCGAACUGUGUCCUUCUCCAAACCGCAAGAGCAAACAUAUAUAACCCAGAUAAUCCUAAUGCUCCCAAGGUCAAAGCGAGACUAAUCCUGGAUGGCGGCAGCCAGUGUUCGUACGUCAGCAGUGCACUGACGGGAACUCUCGGUCUGCAGUCAAAGAGUCAAAGGUCGGUAAACAUAAAAACAUUUGGCUUUAGCGAGACGAAUGCUCAAGUUAUUGAUGUGGUGAAUCUUGGGAUAGAAACUGCCUAUGGAGCAAACAUUGAAAUGUUAGCGUUUACUGUGCCAUUAAUUUGUCAGCCAUUAAAGAACCAAUUCGUGUCAAAUGCUAGCAAGACCUACCCUCAUCUCGCCAGCCUCCACCUAUAGCUGAUUACUCAUCUGGUCAACACGAUGCGAAAGUGGAUAUCCCGAUCGGUUCAGAUCAUUACUGGAAGAUCGUGACCGGGAAAACCAGACAAGGAGAUAGUGGUCCGACUGCCAUUCAAACAAGGCUUGGUUGGGUUCUCUAUAGAUAA